UCUAUAAACUAUCACACUGUUUCGCGCCAAAUUGGGCUCUGCGCAUGACCCCUAAUUGUCUCCUUCCCGAUCAACAGAGAUGGCGAACAACUCAGACUGUCAACGACUUAAUGGCAAAAAUGGCGAUGUACCCGCCAAAAGACAACGAGUAAUGGAGACAGGGAAGAUCACAGUUGUUUUGGGAACCCAGUGGGGCGACGAGGGUAAAGGCAAGGUCGUGGAUCUGUUAGCAGCCGACGCGGAUGUGGUGUGUCGAUGUCAGGGCGGGAACAAUGCCGGACACUCAGUUGUUGUUGAUGGGAAAGAAUUCGCGUUCCACCUACUGCCCAGUGGAAUCGUCAAUCCAGGAUGCAAAGCUCUUAUUGGAAAUGGCGUUGUCAUUCAUCUACCAAAUCUGUUUGAUGAGAUUGCCAACAAUGAAAAGCAUGGCCUCCCUGAUUGGAAAGGGAGACUACUCAUCUCAAACAGAGCUCACUUGGUUUUCGAUUUGCACCAGAAAGUGGAUGGGAUGCAGGAAUCAGGGCGUGGCACGAAAUUGAUCGGAACUACAAAGAAAGGAAUAGGCCCGGCUUAUUCCUCUAAGGCCACAAGGAAUGGACUCCGCGUGUGCGACUUGAUGGGCGAAUUUGAAACCUUCUCAGAAAAAUUCCGUAAUCUGGUGGAGCAUCAUAAGCGCCUCUGUCCCGACCUUGAUGUGGACGCUGAUGCCGAAUUAAGCAAGUAUAAAGAGCUACGAGAAAAGAUUCGACCAAUGGUCACCGAUACAAUCUACUACUUGAACAAAUGUCUGAAGGAGGGGAAGAAUGUGUUGAUAGAAGGAGCCCAGUCUACUAUUCUGGAUAUAGACUUUGGGUUGUACCCAUACGUGACCUCGUCCAACUGCAGCGUGGGUGGCGUGUGUACAGGCCUCGGGAUCCCACCCCGCAAUGUGGGGAAGGUGUUCGGCGUGGUCAAGGCGUACCUCACCCGGGUAGGCACAGGGGGCUUCCCCACAGAGCUCAAGGAGGAAAAAGGGAAAUUGUUGUUGGACCGAGGCCACGAGUACGGUGUGACAACUGGCCGACCGAGGCGGUGUGGAUGGCUGGACGCUGUCAUGCUGAGAUACUCCAACAUCAUCAACGGCUUCACAGCAGUUGCAGUUACGAAAUUAGACAUUCUGGAUGUGUUCGAUGAGAUCAAGAUUGGAAUUGCGUAUUACAUUGACGGAAAGAAACUGGAUACCUUUCCGGCAUCUGAUGAAGAUCUACUGAAAGUUGAGGUGGAGUAUGUCACUCUACCAGGGUGGAAGUCCAACACGGAAAACAUCCGCACACUUGCAGACCUCCCUAAGAACGCCCUCAAUUAUGUCCGAAAGAUAGAAGAGCUGGUUGAAAUCCCAGUUUGGUGGAUUGGCGUAGGCAAAGAUCGAGAGUCCAUCAUUGAGCUUCAAGGUCAAUGACAUCUACAAAGUGUACAUAUCUGAAUCGUCUGUUACUGCUGACCGAGCCACGUGUGGAUGGAUGCCAUGCUCGACCUUCACCAUCUUAUCUUCGUAUGCGAUGGAUGAUUUGCUUUGUCAUGUAUAAACGUGACCGAUUUUAUGUGUAUUUGAGAGAUAUUUUAUAGUAGAGGUCAUUAUUUUUGAGUGGGACAAUAUUGAAAGGUUUAAAUAUAUAUGUAUGUUGCAUUUAAUGAUUUUUAAAUUCCUUCACAGAGUUCUCAAAGAGCUUUGGAUUUUUUUUCUGAAUAUUCAUCUUGCUGUGGGUGGUUCCUCAUGGGUUUGAUCCUUUACUUAGUGAGACAAGAGGCCUUUUCUGUUACAAUAACCAUGUAAAUGUAAUAUCUAAAACCAUUUCUUGUACUUACACGACUCCUCACCACUACGUUCCCUUUUUCCAUAGUACAGUUCUGCUGGAGUAGCACAGUAUGAUUGAGGAAUUAUCAGAGAAUGAUUGAGGAAUUAUCACUGAAUGAUUGAGGAAUUACCACAGAAUGAUUGAGGAAUCAAGCAGCACUUUUGCAGAAUUACUGUUCUAUACUGGUUUGGUUCUGCGCCAAGAAAAGUGGUAACUACUUCUGAGCAGUAGUGUAUUGCUCCUACCAACAGAGAGUGUACCAUAUACCAGAUGACUGUCUUUAGGGAAGAAUCAUGCCUGUCUUGAGGAAAAGUCACUAUAUGGCUGAAAUAAUGCCAAUGCAAUGUUAAAUUUUAACUCACUCACUCACUUUAGGAAAGAAUUAGGUUAUUUGGCAUAAAAAGGAUGACUGUUUUCAAAUUCAAUUAGCAUGAAUGAUUGCUCUUGCUAACAACCGCUGGUUGAUGGUCAUGAUUCAGUGAUUCAAUGAUUCAGUGAUUCAGUGACCCCUCCCGGGCCCUGUACCUCGUAUCGGGAAGCAGCUGGUCACAAUGUUAUGUUCACCAAAUGUGAGAUAAACAUAAAUCGGUGAUCUUUCACUAUUCCCAAGUUCUGACUUACAAAUGGCCAUUAUUGUUGCUGAAAUGUUAACUAUCACACAAAAACCUAUUCAUUCACACUACUACCUGUAAUGUUCAGUAUUGAUCGCCACAACAAUCGUUAUCCUUUCACUAUGCAGGGCUCGAUUUAGCUAUUUUAAACAUGCAUCAGUGCAACCUAUUACUGAAAAAUGCAAUCUAUUAUUAAUGUACUUGCAGCAAGUGCAUGACACAAAUUAAUAUGUGUCUGACUAGCCCUUAAUUAUUUACAAUUAUUUAACAUUAAUCUUUGGACCCAAUACCUCCAAUCUCAUUAAAAUCAGACCUUAGUUCUCGCUACCGCUAACAAAGAUCUGAAGACAUCCCAUUAGGGGUCAGGUCAGAACAACCUUUCAUCCAACCAAUCAGUGCGUCGCUUACCAAAUU